UGAGACCACUUGUAAUUCGACUGUGUCAUUCAUCUCCAUUAUUAAUCCAGCACCCAGACAUGAGGGUAAAACUGUUGCCUGCUUUGGAGGACAACUACAUGUACCUCAUCAUUGACGAGGAGUCACACAAAUGUGCUGUAGUUGACCCUGUUGACCCAGAGAAGGUGCAGCAAGCUUUGAAGGAAGAGGGUGUUGAGCUGACAACAGUUCUAACUACUCACCAUCACUGGGAUCAUGCCGGAGGAAACGUCAAACUGAUUGAGGCUGUUGGAAAGACUGAAGUAGUUGGAGGUGACACCAGAAUUGGGGCUCUGACACGCCAGGUUACUCAUGGAGAUGAACUGAAG